CGAAGCCCCCUUCCCAUCCUCCUCCCCGCCCCACUUCCCCGUCAGGACUGCCUUGCGGGCCUUCCCUACAACCCCACCCAUUCGCCCUUAUAUCUUUAAACCCUUAAGAAUAAAUACCUUUAGGCAGCCCCUUCCCAUCUAGAGCAGGCUGCAGCAUUUCCCCAGACACCCCCAUAGCUUUCCCCUCAUCUGUAAGGCCUCCCUUGUCCUGCAUUUGCCCUGAUUUGGGGUUCCCACCCUCCCCGAAAUAAGGCCCAGAGAUCCCUUGGCUGCAGAUCUCUCCCAGCCCCUCCCCUACAAAAGAGGAAGACCUUGGGCCAGCAGAGAUCAGCUUCUCCCCUUUCUCCCCUUUUGCUGCAGCCAUGCCCCCAUCGCUUCCCCUUUAGCCCUCCUCCCCUGCACGUCUUCCCUUCUACAGAGGCUUUCUUCCCCAGCUGUAGAGCGGCUGAAUUGGCUGUCCAUGCCCAGUGCCUCCUCCUCCGACCCAGAGGCCUUCCUCAUCCAAGGAAGCCCGCGACAGUUCCCUGUGAACCCUCUCCUUUGAUUGGAAGAAGGUGGAGGUGGUGGUGGUGGUAGUUGGGGGUGUACUCCCCACCUCCCAUACCCUGGAGCUGGAGCCGCAAGGGAACACAGUAUCCAGGCAGCAGCCCAGACUUACAGGUAAAGGGUGAGAGUGAGGCCCAGCCUCUUCCACGGCCAUCAUGCCGUCGAAUGCUCGGGCUGGCAGCUUGAAGGAUCCUGAGGUGGCUGAACUUUUCUUCAAGGAUGACCCUGAGAAGCUCUUUGUUGAUCUGCGGGAGAUUGGCCAUGGCAGCUUCGGCGCUGUGUACUUUGCCAGAGACAUACGCAACAAUGAAGUGGUGGCCAUCAAGAAAAUGUCCUACAGUGGGAAGCAAUCAAAUGAGAAGUGGCAAGACAUUAUCAAGGAGGUGAAGUUUCUGCAAAAGCUGCGGCAUCCAAACACAAUCGAGUAUAAGGGCUGCUAUCUACGGGAACAUACAGCAUGGCUGGUGAUGGAAUACUGCCUAGGUUCAGCCUCAGACUUGCUGGAAGUGCACAAGAAACCACUGCAAGAAGUAGAGAUUGCAGCCAUAACUCAUGGCGCCCUGCAGGGGCUUGCGUACCUGCAUUCGCACAACAUGAUUCACAGAGAUGUGAAAGCUGGGAAUAUAUUGCUGACAGAACCAGGACAAGUGAAGCUGGGGGACUUUGGCUCAGCCUCCAUCAUUGCUCCUGCUAACUCUUUUGUUGGCACUCCAUACUGGAUGGCUCCUGAGGUGAUCCUAGCCAUGGAUGAGGGACAAUAUGACGGCAAGGUGGAUGUCUGGUCACUUGGUAUCACUUGCAUCGAACUUGCGGAGCGCAAACCACCUCUCUUUAACAUGAAUGCUAUGAGUGCCUUAUACCACAUCGCCCAGAAUGAUUCUCCUCUCCUCCAGUCCAGUCACUGGUCCGAAUAUUUCCGGAACUUUGUGGAUUCGUGCCUGCAGAAGAUCCCCCAGGACCGCCCAACCUCUGAUGUGCUGCUCAAGCAUCGCUUCCUCUUGAGAGAACGACCUCAGACAGUUAUCAUGGACCUGAUCCAACGGACCAAGGAUGCUGUCAGGGAGCUUGACAACUUGCAGUAUCGCAAGAUGAAGAAAAUCCUUUUCCAGGAGGCACAGAAUGGCCCAAAUGCUGAAGCACCAGAAGAAGAGGAGGAGGUGGAGCAGUUUCUCCACCGGACAGGCACCAUUAACAGCAUGGAGAGCAGCCAUUCGGUGCCCAGCAUGUCCAUCAGUGCCAGCAGCCAGAGCAGCAGUGUCAACAGCCUGGCAGAUGCCUCCGAUGAUGACGAUGGGGCUGAGAUCGCCAUGAUGCAGGAAGGCGAGCACACAGUCACCUCCAACAGCUCAGUCAUCCAUCGUCUCCCGGGCCAUGACAAUUUGUACGAUGACCCCUAUCAGCCUGAGAUGGAGCCCCAGAGCUCAUCCUCAGCUGCCCGACGCCGUGCCUACUGCCGCAACCGAGACCACUUUGCCACCAUCCGUACUGCUUCCCUGGUGACUCGUCAGAUCCAGGAGCAUGAACAAGAUUCAGCCCUGCGGGAUCAGAUGAGUGGCUACAAGCGGAUGCGUCGCCAGCAUCAGAAGCAGCUCUUGGCUCUAGAGAACAAGCUCCGGGCAGAGCUAGAUGAGCACCAACUGCGGCUGGACAAGGAGCUGGAGGCCCACCGCAACAACUUCUCUGCUGAGGCCGAGAAACUGGCCAAGAAGCACCAAGCUAUUUUUGAGAAGGAGGCCAAGGCAGCCCUGGCAGAGGAGAAAAAAUUCCAGCAGCAUAUCUUGGGCCAGCAGAAGAAAGAAUUGGGCAAUUUGCUGGAAUCACAGAAACGCCAGUAUAAGUUGCGCAAAGAGCAGCUCAAAGAGGAACUUCAGGAGAACCAGAGCACACCCAAGCGGGAGAAGCAGGAGUGGCUGCUGAGGCAGAAAGAGAACAUGCAGCAUUAUCAGGCUGAGGAAGAGGCCAACCUUCUGCGUCGUCAGCGGCAAUACUUUGAGUUGCAGUGCCGCCAGUACAAGCGCAAGAUGCUGCUGGCACGCCACAAUUUGGACCAGGACUUGCUGCGUGAGGAGUUGAACAAAAAACAGACUCAGAAGGAUCUUGAGUGCGCUAUGCUGCUGCGCCAGCAUGAGUCCACCCAGGAGCUGGAGUUCCGGCACUUGCACACCGUCCAGCGCACCCGCACAGAGCUCACCCGCCUACAGCACCAAACUGAGCUUUCGAACCAGCUGGAGUACAACAAGCGUCGCGAGCAGGAGCUACGCCAGAAACAUGCCAUGGAGGUCCGGCAACAGCCUAAGAGCCUCAAAUCCAAGGAACUGCAAAUCAAAAAGCAGUUCCAGGACACCUGCAAGAUCCAGACGCGGCAGUACAAGGCCCUCCGCAACCACCUCUUGGAGACCACCCCGAAGAGCGAGCACAAAGGGAUCCUCAAACGCCUGAAGGAUGAGCAGACGCGCAAGCUGGCCAUCCUCGCCGAGCAGUACGACCACAGCAUCAAUGAAAUGCUCUCCACCCAGGCCCUGCGGUUGGAUGAGACACAAGAGGCAGAGUACCAGGUCCUCCGGAUGCAGCUGCAACAGGAGCUGGAGCUGCUGAAUGCCUAUCAGAGCAAAAUCAAGAUCCACACAGAAGCGCAACAUGAACGGGAGAUUAAGGAGCUUGAGCAGCGGGUAUCCAUCCGCCGGGCACUGCUAGAGCAAAGGAUUGAGGAGGAGAUGCUGGCCUUGCAGAAUGAGCGUUCCGACCGCAUCCGGAGCCUCUUGGAGCGGCAAGCCCGGGAGAUCGAGGCCUUUGACUCGGAGAGCAUGCGCCUGGGAUUCAGCAACAUGGCACUCACAGGCAUUCCAGCUGAAGCCUUCAACCAAGGCUAUACUGCCCCCCCUCAACCCUGGCCCUCCCGCCCUGUUCCCCGCAGUGGCUCCCAUUGGAGCCACGGCGUCCAGAACACAGCCGGCGCUCCUCACGCAUGGAGACAGCCCCCCAUGCUGGCCCCGCCCCCUUCAGCCUGGCUCCACCCUCCUUCUUCUUCUCCUUCCUCUUCCUCCUCCUCUUCCUCCUCAGCCCCCGGUGGCCGCUCCAACGUGGUCAUGCUGAGGAACAGCCCACAGCCGCUGCGGCGCACGGCUUCGGGCGGCCAGUCGGACCAGGGCAUCAGCCGCUCGGCCAGUGUCACCUCUCACAUCCUCAAUGGGUCGCACUUUUCCUAUUCGUGAGGCGAUUGGGCGAGGACAGGGAGACUUUUUCCAGAAGGAGACAGGGGAUUGGCUGUUGGAGAGGGGUGGGAAGUGGGGCAUGUUUGCCAGGGCUCAGCAAGAUUUUUAAAAAGGGGGAUGGGGGAGAUGCUGUGAAACCGAACCCCAGUGGAAGGCUCCUCAGCCAUCGCCAGGAGCCUUUGAGUUGCCACCACCUCGCAAGCACAGAGAUGCAGAAGACUGGACUGUGAGAUUGGGGAGGUUGAAUUCUUGCCCUCUGGAGCACGCCUGGCGCCUCCUCAGAUCGUGGUUUCCUAUCCCCCGCCAAACGGAUGGAGACACCGAAGCUGCGGACAUGACGUGGGCCAUCAGUCCUUGCAUCCCUGGCUGUUGUCGGUCACUCCCCCAGCGUUGCUGCAAUCUGUAGAUGGAGAGAGACAUAGAACAGUGCCCAGCAAUGGAGACUAAAUUAAUCUCUGCAGGGUGGGAAUGAAAAUAGUCCCAAUCCCACACCUGGUAAGAGAAAAAGAGAGGGCGGGGAUGGGGAGGGGGGAGAUCCUACAUUGGAACAGAUUCACAGUUCUUGAUUGUGCCCCUAUAGUUUGCCCGCUGGGGGCUUUGAACAGAACUGCCGCAGUCAGAAAACCUGUUUGUUAUCUUUCUCUUGCAUCAUUAUUCCUUAAAUCAGCUGAAGUAGUGAGAGGAAUUAAAAUUAGUGGGCCUGGAUUUGGAGAGGACCCUGGAUUGCCGGUGGUGGCGGUCAGUCUGUGCAUGCGUAGAACUAUCAGAUUGACAGUGAAGAACUUUCCCUCCUUUCUUGGGUGCGGAUGUUGACUUUUUGAUCCUGCCCAAUGCCCUACAGACAACAGAACUCAAAUCUGCUUCUGGACCAUUCUCACCAGAAACCUUCCUUAACUUUACUGUAUGUUGGAUGGCGAGGGAGGUGUACAUCACAAGAUGCUCUAGGCUCUUGCCAGCCUUUGCCCCAUUUGUCAGAGAGUGGCUUGCUCCAGCUCUCAGGACUUACCUUGGCACCAUCUUGGUCCCACGUGGCUGGGAACAGAAGGGACCGGGGAGAAAGAUGGCCCUAAAACAGUCCUCACAUUCCUGUCAUGAGCCAGAAUGUAGACUUUCAGUAGUGCCCUCAACCCACCUGCCCAUUUGUCUGUUUGGUGAUAUGGACUGAAGUCCAUGCAAUCCCAGGUAUCUUUUCAUCAUGAAAACUACAUCUCCCUCCUUCUCUGGGGAUGACGGGUAGGGAAUCCACCUCACCAGUCCUGUAAUUCAGAUGGACUUUGAACAAUAGUCCUUUCCCCGUGCUUAGCAUUAAAAUUUAGUUUCCUGACCACAGUCUGAAGUCUCCAAAAUAUCAAUUCCUUCUUCUCUGUUGAGCCUGGUUUUCUCCUUGCAGCCUUCUCCUAGAACUCUUUGGCCCCUUUCAGAUUUGCCUCCAGGCUACGGCUCUUCUUCUCCACGUGGCUGAUAUACACCUUACUGGAGAGGUUUAGUUUACCCAGAUCUGGAGCCCCGGGUUCAUAGCUGCAUGCAAGAGAUCAGUUGGCCAGCAGAGUGAAGAACAUAUUUUGCAUUAGGAAAUAAUUAUGGAGAAGACCCUUCUUCACCCCACUUUUCCCUAUGCUUUCUCUUUCCCAUAUUUUCUCCCAAUUUUUCUUCCCUACCCCAAGAACAUUGCAAAACACCCAAUAUGAUCAAACCCCAAGGCUGGAUACCCAGGGUUUGGGAACAGGGUCAACUUGUCAAAAUAAGGAAUUGGGUUUUUAGAGGUCUGGUUGCCUUUCUCCUUUUGCAUUUGCUAAAAUAAUUUUCUCUAGUCAAAAAGAUUGAACAAUUUUCCUGAUGGAAAACAAGCCCUCCUCUUAGUUACCCCCAGAUCUUAUGUGGGUCAGACUGAGAUGAUGCCACCAGUCAGUAGAAAACGUUUUGAACGUUAUGUGCACUAAUUUCUUGUGUCAUCGAUUGAAGGAUAAAUAGGCAACUCUGCAAGUGAAGAUAAUUUUGUAUUCCGUUUCUUCUCCAGCAGGAGAUUUUGAAACUGUGGCACAGUAUUGCCCAAAUGUGAUGCCUUUCAGAUGUAUUGGAUUAUAACUCCCAUCAUGCUCAGCCAACAUGCCCCAUUACUCUGCUGGGUGAGGAUAAUGAGAGGAGCAGAAAUCUGAAGGACAUCCUAUUAGGGAAGGCUACUGUAGCAUAUAUAAACAAAAAUUGGGCUUCUUCCAAAAAUGUUCUAGGUAGGAUUAAGAAGCACCGGUGUAUGUCCAUUCAGAGUUGGGACACUGUGGACAGGUAUUUAAAAUUGGGGAGAAAUAUCAUAAUGAAAACACGUCUAAAAAGCCCUGUUCUGAGAAGAUGUCCCUCCAAUAUUUGUUUUCCUUUCAUGGUCAUAGCAUGACCAUUCUUCCACCCUAUCAGGAGGAUUGCCAUGUUGAUAUCCAAUAGCAGAUGAGAUACUAAAGCUGUUACUGGACUGUUUUUAUUUUGAGUUUCAGCUGGAUGAUAAUAUAACUGGAUCUUUAAAUAGUACCCUGUACAAAGAAAAGCGGGAGGGCAGAGAAGCAAGAUCUUUAUCUGUCUGCCUCCCGCGUGCAAUAUGUGUUCAUGGUUUUCCUGUAGGGAAGCUGUUGUCUCUCUGACCUGUUGUCCAGAGUUGAACAGUAUAAGAAGAGCUCUAGUUUCCACCUGCUUGUUUGUCUGAAUUAGGCCUGCGAUCAAUCAGGAAAGGACAAAAUGUAUAUGAGCCGUGCAAAAGAAAUUCAAGUUAUUCAAGGAAGAAUGAAGCAAUCCUUUCUUUGGGGAAGGAAGUGGGGAAAUAGUUUUGUGAUCCGAAAGAUAAAUGGGAGUGGGAUUUAAAAAAUCCCUCUUUGCAGAUUUCUCCUAGUGGGCAGGGAAUGUUUGCUUUAUGGGAUAUAUAGUAUUCUGCUUGGGAAUGGUCCCAAGUGAUGCACAAAGCAAAGGGAGAGUUGAAUGUGAGCUAAGGGGAAAAAACAUGUUUGCCAACAUGGAGCUAGACCAUUUUUACAAAGAGUUAAAUCUCAAUGUGUUGUCGAAGGCUAUCGUGGCCAGAAUUACUGGGUUGAGUCCAUUUUCCGUGCUCUAUGGCCAUGUUCCAGAAGCAUUCUCUCCUGAUGUUUCGCCUGCAUCUAUGGCAGGCAUCCUCAGAGGUUAUGAGGCCCCCACACCAAGAAGACCUUACAACCUCUGAGGAUUCUUGCCAUAGAUGCAGAUGAAAUGUCAGGAGAGAGUGCUUCUGGAACAUGGCAUUCUCUUCUGACAUUUUGCCUGUAUCUAUAGCAGGCAUCUUCAGAGGUGGUGAGGAUGCCUGCCAUAGAUGCAGGCAAAACAUCAGGAGAAAAUCCUUCUGGAACAUGGCAUUCUCUUCUAACGUUUUACCUGCAUCUAUGGCCGGCAUCUUCAGAGGUUGUGAGCCCCCCAUACCAAGAAGACCUCACAACCUCUGAGUUCACCUGCCAUAGAUGCAGACGAAACAUCAGGAGAGAAUACUUCUGGAACAUGGCCAUACAGCCCAAAAAACGCACAACAACCCAGUAAAAUCUCAGUUGGAACAAGAUUUUGAAGCAGCUCUUUCCCUCUGGUUUAGGGAAGUGUUCGUUUUGAAAAUCCUUUGGUUUCUAGGAAUGAGAUACAGGAGUUUCCUUCUUGGUGUGGGGAACUUUGAAACCCUGGGCCCCAUGUCUUAUCAUCACAAACCCUUCUUUGCCCACCAAAUAACCCCUCUGUACCCACCCAAAUGUGCUUUCAAUCUGGGACGUUCUCAAAGUCCUGGGCCAACCUGACUUCUAGAACCCUUUCCCACCGUUCAUAAAACUUUACUAAACAAGGCCACCAUUUCCAACCAGUAGCAAGUGGGAGGGAAGGGAUGAGAAUGGGAUUUCUUUUUUUCCCUUUUGUUACUUCAAGAUGUUCAGUUAGUGAUUUUUCUGCCUGCCUGGGAUUGGGAAAUGGGGGCAUGGGGAGGGACGGGGCCAGAGGGGCUUGAUGUAUUAUAAUAAUUAAUCCUUUCGUUUCUAAAAAAAAGAGAAUCCUUUUUCUGUUUUUUGGUGCCAUAACUUCCCCUGUGUACAGUUUACCUCUUCCUGUCUUCCUUCCCUGCUUCCUUUCUUUCUUUUUUUGGUGCUUUCCUUCUCUUCCCUCCUUCCCUUCUCUCUUUCUCUUUUUUUUCUUCCUGUCUCCCUAUGUGUGGGUGAUUAAAAACUAAUGUGAGUGUGUGUAUGUAUGUGUGUAUGUCUUUUUUUAUAUAUGAAGAAAAAAUGUUUGGGGGAAACUUAGACAUAUGUGUCCUAUGGAAUGUAUUAGAAAAUAAAAAAACACUUUUUUUAAAAAAAACAAUACAACCACCACCACCACGAUGGGGCAGGGAAGCUUGAGUCUUACUGGGAUCGGGGAGCAAAAUAAACGGAAUAAGAACACAAGGAUGGAAUUGGUUUGCUCUCCCAGGAGCUACCAGUGGGGUAGAUUUCGGGAUGGGGUGAGAAAUCUUUUAAUAAAAAUGUUGAAUAUUUAAAA